AUGUGGCACUUUUCUUCUGUGACAACGAGGAAUAGAUUAACAAUAUCAGUAAAUCUGAAAAUUGCUUCUUGGAAGGUGGCUAGAUGUGAGCCGAUUGCCCUUUCAUCACUGGAAAAUGGAAGCAUUUCAGGAGAUUUGGGAUUGUUGUGGAGGCUUCAUCGAAGUCAACACCUUGAUUUAGCAGGUAAGGUGAAGGUCAGGGUAUUGGGCAGAAGAGGAUGGAGUGAUUUCAGGGGUCGCAAUAGUCUGGUUGCUGAUGGUAGGAAGCAACCUUGGUGCACUGAUCCUAAUGUUGAAGGCGAUAGGUUUCAGAAGAAAAGAGCACAUGGCAGCUGA